AUGCCUGAUAAAAUUCAUCUUGAACAAAUAGGAGCCAACGACCCCUCACUACCCUCAACUGCACCUUCAAAUGUACAAAAAACAGGAACAGAUGAUACAGUUAACCCACCACCGAAGAGCUUUAUGCAGAAUUUUUACAAUAGGGAAACUAAACAGUUCUGUGGAAGAACAUGUGAAAGUUGGGGUAAAAUUAUUGCAUAUGGGAUCAUUUACCUAUUGUUUUUAUGUACAUAUACUUUAGUAAUUCUCUACUUAACAUUACUUGUGAUAAAACAAACCACUGAUUUUAAGACCCUAAAACCAUCAGCUUUAGUUUAUCCAUUAUCUGGUAUUGGUCUUACUGCAAUACCAACAUCAGAAAGCACCAAUCCAUUAAUUUGGUAUAGAAAAGGCGAGAAGAGUGAUUAUAAAAAAUAUAUCAAAGCAAUCGAAAAAUUUCUUCUUAGCAACAGUAACAAUACAGAACGGGUUAUGGAGAAUCUUGGCCCGUGUGGACGACCGCCUUAUGGUUAUGGAGAAAAUCCCUGUAUAAUUAUAAAAAUUAACAAGCAUUUCUACUGGUCAGGUAAGCCUUUGCAGCUGAAUACAACAAAUACAAGCAUAAUUCCUCCAGAUGUAAUCAAGUGGAUGAUGAUUGACAAGAAUAAACUUUGGGUGGAAUGCAGCGGGUACCAUGCAUAUGACAAAGAACACAUUGGCAGUAUAAAAUACUAUCCUAAUCCACCUGGAAUUGAUUCAGAAUCGUUUCCUUUAUACAGCAGUGGUAGAUCUCAUUUAAUAGCAAUACAGAUUUCUGAUUUUACAAUGGGAGUGUCGUUGGCGAUACAAUGCAAACUUUGGUAUGAAUCUGGACCUUCUGUUAUUGAUUUCGUUUUGUAUGUUGCUCCAACUGAUAUUAUAGCAUUUUCUGGACUAGCCUAUUUUAAUGAUUAA